AUGAAGCUGAUUAUCGCCUUUCCGGCGACUCUCGCUCUUAUUUUGCGAGCUUGGAGCAAGAACUCCCUAACGCCCGCUGGCAUUUUCGCCGCGACGCUCACGGCCAUUGCUCAUGCCUACCAUCCGUGGAAUCUGCCCUUUGCGCUGCUUUGCGUGUUCUUCCUGGCAGGCACGCGGGUGACACGUGUUAAAGAGAAUGUCAAGGCUACAUUGACUCUGCACUCCAAGGGCAGCUCGGGCGGAGAAGGCCCAAGAACCCACGUCCAAGUAUUUGCAAAUUCUUUAAUGGCGUCGAUAUUUACCGUGGCCCACGGCUGUCAACUUCGAGCCAGAGCCGCCGCAUACGCCGACCCGAAUACCCCGAACCCUGAAGGCACCAUGUGCUAUUCGUGGGGUGGCGACCUCUUGGUCGUGGGCAUCAUUGCAAACUACGCGGCUGUGGCCGCCGAUACAUUCAGCUCAGAGUUGGGCAUCCUGUCCAGGAGCGAGCCGAGAUUGAUAACGUCCUUGACGCUACGGAAGGUCCCCCGUGGAACAAACGGAGGCAUCACGCUACUUGGGUUGGCGGCCGGCCUCUUUGGGUCCAUGGUCAUAGUUGCCGCCUCAAUGGUAUUCCUGCCUGCAUGCACUCCUGAAACGGCACCAACUCUCGGCGGCGGUGCGCCGUGGACCCUAGCCCAGAGGCGCAUGUUUAUGGGCGGCCUUGUGAUCUGGGGUACAUUAGGGAGUGUCCUCGACAGCUUCCUCGGAGGCGUGUUCCAACGAUCGGUCAGGGAUGUACGAUCCGGCAAGAUCGUCGAGGGUGAGGGUGGUAACCGCGUGCUGGUAUCUGCAACAAGCCGUGCUGCAAGAGAGGCUGCUGUGGACGGCGGGGAUGGAAGCAAGCCCGGAGCCGACAACUUAGAUUGCUCGGCUAUCGACGAUGAAGAUGACGGCCAAGACAAGUACAACCUCGAGAAUAAGCAUCGACGACCCAGCUUCGGGGACCAACGACCGUCAAGGGUCAUUGAGAGCGGAUGGGACCUGCUGGAUAACAACGACGUCAACUUUCUCAUGGCAGCUAUCAUGAGCGUGGGGGCUAUGGGCGUGGCCGGCUGGUAUUGGGGAGUGCCUCUUGAGUCGAUAUUUCGUCCUUGA